CAAGUGACUGGAGUCUUUAUAGAUGGUUUGCAAAGUUUUUACUCUGAACAUCCAUAUUUAUUCAUGCAAAGUUGAAAAGCACUCAAAAGCCCGUAGAGACUAAAAAAAAAAAAAAUUAAAGCUACUUAGUUAUUCUAACCAAGCGAUGCAGCAAGUAAACAAUUUGGUCAUCAAAAGUCUAAAUUUCUUAUGAUUUCCUGCAAUUAAAAGUCUAGGACGGCUUCAGAAGAACUCGUGGAACCGACGCUUACAGGGGAAAUUAGGAAUGGGCCAUGGAUCUCCUCAAGGAAGCCAGGAAUGUCGUUGACUUCGCUACCUAUUAUCCAAUGCUGAACAAGGCAACUGUUGACAACGAUACCCCGACUCCAGGAUACCUCUUCGAAGAUAUCAUCAAGUUGAGCCAUCAAUCUCAAGGUCACAGGCACCACUUGGUAGAUUUCCUGAUAGCUCGUCUCCAAAUAUCGUCAUGGCCUGGAAAGCAGAAGGUGGUAAGAAUACUACACCAGAUAUGCUCGAGAGGCCACCGAGGUGUGCGGGUGUAUCUCAGAAGCAAGGAUGGAGAUCUCAGAAAAGCGGCAGCGUCUGGGGGCCCCCCGGAUCCAGUCCUGGCCAACACGCCGCAGCUCUUUCUGAGCUCUGCUAUACAAGAACUUCUUACUCUGUUGUUUGACCCCAAAAUCAUGAAAGAAGAUGAACUGUGGCUAGCAGAAACACAAUAUCACGUGGUUUGGUAUCUAUCUGUUCACAUUUUCAAGGUGCGUGGCAUGGUAGAGCGAGUGAUGACACAUACUGGUGAUUCUAAAGGAGUCAGUGUUGAUUUUCUGCAAGGAGAGAAGGGAGACUAUCAACCCAUCUUCCUCCCUUCCCUCGGAGCAUCUGUCCCUUCACCACAGCAGCCCUUACAUCAGUCCCACCUCCCAGGACUCACAUCUGGGCAGUUACGUAAUUUUAAGGCCCACAGAUCUGGACGAGCAGGUGGUGGUUGGGAUAGUGAUGAGGAAGGCCAAGAUACUCCCCCGUCUCCGCUCAGCUCCAGUACAGACUUUUCUUUGCCGCUUCCUGAACAGCACUCUACAGAGGAAAUAAUAGCAGGAGCAGCAGAAGAAGAAUACAUAACGAAGAUUCUAUAUUCAGCAUCAUGGCCUGCGGAUCCAGAUCAACUUAUUAUUUCCUGUCGAGAAAGUGCAUCCUUUGACUUGAAUGUGUUUUUUGAGAAGGUAACAGCCAAGUUUUCAGAACUAUGUGAUGUAGGGACAAGGCGUUCAGAUUCAGCAGAGGAGAAAAAAAGGGAUGUAGAUAAACCAACUCAGAGUACAGAUAUUACAUUAACAUGUGAACCUGAUAAAGUAACAGUUCAGUUAUUGAUGCUACUUCUGCUUAUUGAAUUUGGGAUACAUUAUGAUAUCUAUACACCAAAUAUAGCAAAUACCCAUUUACGAAAAACCUUCCAUACAAUUUCUACAAGUAAGAAUAUCGACUCAAGAGUUCAGACUAAAGCAAAGAAACUUCGCCUGAUUCUUGAAAAACUUCAGUGAUAAGUAGAAAUCAUGAUUUUUUUGUAUAUUGUGUGCACAUAUGCUUUUUCUUUUUCUUAUCUAUGUCAGAAUUCUCGGAAAGGAAAAUUAUUUGAUAACAAUUAAAUCUUAUCAAUAUGUAACAAGGCAUAUUUAUUGGAACAAUAAAGAAGCAAGAUCAUUUUUGACAGUU